UUCCGCUUCCGGUGUCGGAAUGUGAAACAAAAAAACAUCCUUUUUGGUUAGUUGUUUAAACGUCUUUUUUUUUUUACUUUUUCUAAACAAUAAUAUAAAAUUAAAAUCGAACCAUUUUUCAGAUCUCAUUAUUGCCCCUUUACCCUAAAAAAAAGAAAAAGAAACUUAGUUUUUAUUCUUCAUUUUUUCCAAAUAGAAAUAAAAAUAAAAGAAAAUAAUUGAUUUACAAAAAGAAAAGAUUGACUGUGAAAAGAAAGCGCAUCACUUUGGGAUCACAUGACAAAUGAUGUCAUGUCACCUGAGACGCACCUGAAAGCGACACCUCGUUGCCAGCACUCGCAUGGAAAACCUCGCUUGGAUUUGGGCUCAUUUUGUGCAAGAUGCCCGUUCAGAUCCCGGACGACUCGGACUUCUCGUCCUUUAAAGACCAGUGCCUGAGCGCGGAUGGCUGGACCAGGCGCUACCACAAGGGUGGGGUGACCGUGUGGUGUAGCCCGGAUGAAGGCAGGAGCCUACAAAAGAUCAAGAUGAAAAUAGCGUGCAAGGACGUGAGUGCGGAGACUCUGUACGACGUGCUGCACGACACCAGCUACCGCAGGAAGUGGGACAGCAACAUGAUAGACACCUACGACAUCGGCAGGCUGACGGUCAAUGCAGACGUGGGAUAUUACUCCUGGAGGUGUCCCAGUCCACUGAAGAACCGCGACUUUGUGACCAUGAGGUCCUGGCUCCCGCUGGGCAGCGACUACCUGAUCAUCAACUACUCUGUCAAACAUCCGCAACAUCCCCCCAAGAAAGAGUUUGUGCGAGCUGUGUCUUUGCUCACAGGAUAUUUCAUCCAGUCCGACGGAGCCAGCAGCUCCACGCUGUACUACCUGACCCAGGUGGACCCUCGAGGUUCUUUACCAAAGUGGGUGGUGAACAGAGUCUCUCAGUUUGUGGGCCCCAAGGCCAUGAGGAAGAUCUACAAGGCGUCCCAGAAGUAUCCUGACUGGAAGAGGAAGCACAAUCCCGACCUGAAGCCGUGGAUGUUUCCCGAGCAGAACACUCUGCCGUGCAUCAGCUUGUCGGAUCUGACGCUGCAGCAUGCUGACUCCUUAGAAAACAUCGACGAGAGCGGCUUGAGCGAGGAGAAGACCAACCACAGCGAUGACGAGGAGACCUGAACAUUUCUGUCAUGUCCUUCAUUCUCUUCUCGCUGGAAAUGAAAGAUAAGACCGUCGUCAUUCUGUCAGUCAAAUGUCAUUUUCCACGUGUUCCAUAAAUAAACUCUUUCCAUAGCUGGGACAACCCUGA